UAACUGUGCAGGACUAGGACUGGCACCUUGCCUCAGCCUCCUUGCAAUUCGACUACACCACUCCACGCACAUGGAAUACUACAGGGGUAUCAUUGUAGUCUGGGCUUGCACCUUGUUGCCAGGGGGCUCUGACUCUUUCAACAUCGACACUAAAGAACCCAGAAUCAUCCAGGGGUCUAAGGAAGCUCAGUUUGGAUACACGGUGCAGCAGCAUGAGGCGGGAGGACAGAAAUGGCUGCUGGUUGGUGCUCCAUUUGAAACCAACGGACAGCAGCAGACAGGCGAUAUCUACAGGUGCCUGAUGAACAACAAGAAAAACAGCACCUGCUCCAAACUCAACCUAGGAAGGAUCUCUCUUACCAAUGUGGCAGAGAGGAAGGAUAAAAUGCGGCUGGGAAUGACCCUCACCACCAACCCCAAAGACAACAGCUUUGUGACCUGCGGCCCACUCUGGUCCCACGAAUGCGGCAGCUCCUUUUACAGCACGGGAAUCUGCUCUCGAGUUAACUCCACCUUCAAGUUCUCCAGAACCAUCGCUCCGGCAUUCCAGAGAUGCGAGACGUACAUGGAUAUUGUGAUCGUUCUGGAUGGAUCCAACUCUAUCUACCCCUGGUAUGAAGUCCAGAAUUUCCUCAUCAACAUCCUGCAGAAAUUCUACAUUGGACCAGGCCAGAUCCAGGUCGGAGUGGUGCAGUACGGGGAAGACGUCGUCCACGAAUUUCAGCUCAACGACUAUAAGACUGUGGAGGAAGUGGUAAACGCCGCCAAAAAUAUCGAGCAGCGUGGAGGAGCUGAGACCAGGACUGCUUUUGGCAUAGAGAUAGCACGUUCAGAGGCGUUUAAAAGAGGUGGGAGGAGGGGCUCCAAGAAGGUGAUGAUUGUGAUUACGGACGGAGAAUCGCACGACAGUCCAGACUUAGAGAAGGUGAUUAAAGACAGCGAGAAGGACAACAUCACACGAUACGCCAUUGCGGUUCUUGGAUACUAUAACAGAAGAGGGAUCAAUCCGAAAGCCUUUUUGAAAGAAAUAAAGGACAUCGCCAGCGACCCCGAUGACAAGCACUUCUUUAACGUGGCGGACGAGUCUGCACUGAAGGAUAUCGUGGACGCGCUGGGAGAACGAAUCUUCAGCUUGGAAGGAACUAACAAGAAUGAGACGUCUUUUGGCCUUGAAAUGUCCCAGGCGGGGUUCUCUUCACAUAUUGUGGAGGACGGUAUUCUGAUGGGUGCGGUGGGAGCCUAUGACUGGAACGGUGCCGUGCUGAAGGAGACCGGCCAUGGAAAGGUCAUCCCUCCCAAAGAGGCGUACCUGCAGGAGUUCCCUGAGGAGCUGAAGAACCAUGGAGCCUACCUGGGUUACACAGUGACAUCGCUUGUGUCUGCGAAGGCUGGCAGGUUGUACGUGGCCGGAGCUCCAAGGUUUAACCACACCGGCAAAGUGAUCAUAUUCACACUGAAGAACAACGGGAACCUCACCAUUCUCCAUUCGCUGAAAGGACAGCAGAUUGGAUCCUACUAUGGGAGUGAAAUCAGUUCUGUGGACAUUGAUGGUGAUGGAGUAACAGAUGCUCUUCUUGUCGGUGCUCCCAUGUACUUCAGCCAGGGCUGGGAGAAAGGCAAAAUCUACAUCUACCGGGUCACAGAACAAAGCAGGUUCAUUCUCGACGGCUCUCUGGAGUUGGGAGACGGUGCUCAGAAUGCCCGCUUUGGCUCGUCAAUCUCUCCUAUCCCAGAUCUCAACUACGACACGUACAACGAUGUGGUCGUGGGAGCCCCGCUGGAGGACGAGCACCAAGGGGCAAUCUACAUCUUCCACGGCUACAGAGACAGGAUCCUCAGGAAACACAAACAGAGGAUAGGUGCGGCAGAGCUGCCCUCUGGACUCAUGUAUUUUGGGCGCAGCAUUCAUGGAAAGAUGGACCUGAACCAGGACGGCCUGGUGGAUUUAGCAGUAGGGUCCCUGGGGGCCGCAGUCCUGCUCUGGUACGUGCCCUUGGUGUCAUGA